AUGCCAUUGUCAACGCCAUUCAAGGCUCCGGCCAUCCCAACAACGGACGUGCUUUCUUUGCUCUUUGAUAAGCCAGCAACAGGUUUUCCAAUUGACAGAGUCAUCUUCAAAGGGGCUCAGGCCAGUGCAUCACCUCUCUCGUACAGAAACCUCCGCACAUCUAUGCGAAAGAUUGGCUUCAAUCUUCAACAAAAAGCGCAAGUUCGCAAGGGCGACCGUGUUGGCAUCCUGUCUCUACAUGGCACACAUUACCCGUGUUUGCUCUUUGGAGUCUUAUGCGCUGGUGCACAGGUAGUUCCGAUGAAUCCAAUGCUCCUUACAAACGAUGUCAUCAAUUACAUCAAGGUUACCGGCCUGAAGACCAUCAUUGUCGACGACAUGUUUUACAAGACGAUUGAGGGAGUAUUACCUCACUAUCCAGGCUUGACUGUCAUUGUACGUGGCAGAGUCCCUCCGUCAAAAUCAGGCAAGCCACACAUGAGCUUUGAUGAAUUGCUCGGUGGCUCUUCAGAGCUUGCAUGGCCACGCGGGCCAGCCGUCAACAAGUCUACAGCCUUCAUCUGCUUUUCUAGUGGCACAGGUGGCUUGCCAAAGGCCGUUACGCUGACUCAUGAGAACAUUGUCGCGAAUCAGCACAUGUUUUAUUACGCAGCACAGCACGCCAGACACAUGCACGAAGGCAAACUACACAAUAUCAUUGUCUCGGCAUUUCCACCUUUCCAUGCAGCCGGAAUCUGGGGCUCUAUGAUUGAUCCAGCAUACGCCGGUGCGACAUCUGUUCUGAUGCCAUCCUUCACACUACCACUGUUCUUGCAACUUGUCAAGGAAAACAAGCCUACUGACCUAGGACUAGCUCCACCCAUUGUCCUAUUGUUGACCACGAGUCCAGCUGUCGAAGGCUACGACUUUAGCAGCGUAGAACGGCUCAACGUUGGCGCAGCGCCACUUUCCAAAGAGCUAGCAGAUGCAUGUGUAGCACGGCUCAAUCCAAAAGCAAGGCUUCGACAAGUGUGGGGCAUGACUGAGCUUGUAUGCUGUGCAACGACGUUUUGCAUGCUCGAUGAUUCUGCGGCAAAAGCUAGACCAGGCGCUGUCGGCUUCCCAUUACCAGGCCUCGAGAUGAAGUUGGUGAAUCCUGAGAAUGGCGAAGAGAUCCACCCAGCUGCACAAAUUGAUCCAGUGCAAGAGUCUCAACGAGGCGAGAUUCUGGUAAGGGGUCCAUCAGUGUUUGCAGGCUAUCUAGGCAUGCCAAAAGCAGAGAUGGCACAAUACUUUACGGACGAUGGCUUCUAUCGCACCGGAGACAUCGGCGUCGCUGACCAGCAAGGCUGCAUCUGGAUCGUGGACCGCAUCAAGGAGCUCAUCAAGAGUUCUGGUUUCCAGGUUGCUCCUGCGGAAGUCGAAGGUAUUCUCCUGUCGCAUGCCGACAUUGUCGACUGCGCUGUGGUUGGCGUCCCCGACAGGCGCAAACAAGGCACGAGCGAGAAGGUGAGGGCUUAUAUCGUGCUCAGGCCUGGGAGUGACUUGAAGCAAAUGGAUCCCGAGCUGUGCAAGCGCAAAAUCAAAGCCUGGUAUAACCCUCAGGUGAUGGGCUAUAAAAGACUCGUUGGCGGAAUUCGGUUUGUCGAUGCGAUUGAAAAGUCACCGAGUGGCAAGAUUCUGCGCCGGCUGCUACGGGAUCAAAUUGCGCUUGAAGAAGCUGCAAAGGCACAGGCAAAGCUCUGA